AUGGCUCUGCUUCAAUACCCCCCACCGGUUGACUAUGCCAAGCAAUUGGAUGGCUUCAAGGACUUCUUGAAGCACUUCAAAACUUUCCAGUCUUCAUCGGAAGCGGCUGCGACCGAGGCCUUAGAGGAUUUGAACAUCGAUGGAGGCCGCACCAGCGACGAAUAUGAUUUCAUGGACGAUGUCGAGGACAAUGAGGGGACCGAAACUCGCGCAGCAAGACGACGUCGGGAGCCAAAGCUCAAGUAUAUGCAGGUUUUGCAGGACAUUGCGAACCGGGAAAAGGCGGACCUAGUGAUUGAACUGGAUGACCUGUCAGUGUUUGAAAAGGACCUUCCAGAAGGCGAGGAUCUGAGACUGGUCGAGUCCAUCGAGAAGAACACCAAGCGCUACAUCGACGUUGUAUCCCAGGCCGUCGACAGUGUGAUGCCCAAGGAGACCAAAGAUAUCACAUUCAAGGAUGAUGUGUUGGACGUGAUUAUGUCGCAGCGUGAGAAGCGCAAUGAGACCAUGGAAAUGGCGAUGGAAGCCGACAUGGACACUGCUGCGACUCCGACGAUGUUCCCCCCGGAGCUUACGCGCCGAUACACUCUCAAUUUCAAGCCGUUGACAGCCUCCGGGUCGAGUAGCGAACGCGACUCGAAAGCGCUUGCUGUGCGCAAUGUGCGUGGUGAACACUUGGGAAGUCUGAUUACCGUUCGUGGAAUUACAACCCGGGUUUCCGAUGUCAAGCCCGCUGUCCAAAUCAAUGCCUACACGUGCGAUCGCUGUGGAUGCGAAGUCUUCCAGCCCAUCACCACAAAGCAAUUCCUUCCCCUCUCCGAGUGUAUGUCGGAUGAGUGCAAGAAAAACAACUCAAAGGGCCAGCUGUUCCUCUCAACCCGCGCAUCGAAAUUCGUGCCCUUCCAGGAAGUGAAAAUUCAGGAGAUGGCAGACCAAGUUCCAGUGGGGCAUAUUCCUCGGACUUUGACCGUUCACUGCCAUGGAGCUCUGACGCGGCAACUGAACCCCGGUGAUGUGGUUGACAUUGCCGGUAUCUUCCUGCCGACUCCCUACACUGGUUUCCGGGCCAUUCGCGCCGGCCUGCUGACCGACACCUACUUGGAGGCUCAGCACAUUACGCAGCACAAGAAGUCCUACAAUGACAUGGGAAUGGACAGCCGGACCAUGCGUAAGAUCGAGCAGUAUCAAAGUUCGGGCAAUAUGUACGAAUAUCUUUCUCGAUCUAUCGCCCCGGAAAUCUACGGACAUCUCGAUGUGAAGAAGGCAUUGCUGUUGCUCUUGAUUGGAGGUGUGACGAAGGAUAUGGGUGACGGCUUGCACAUUCGUGGUGACCUUAACAUUUGCCUGAUGGGUGACCCUGGUGUGGCCAAAUCCCAGCUGCUACGAUACAUCAGCAAGGUUGCUCCGCGCGGCGUGUACACCACUGGACGAGGUAGCAGUGGCGUUGGUUUGACUGCGGCUGUCAUGAGAGACCCGGUCACCGACGAAAUGAUGCUGGAAGGAGGUGCUCUUGUUCUCGCGGACAACGGAAUCUGCUGCAUUGAUGAAUUCGACAAGAUGGAAGAUGGUGAUCGAACCGCCAUCCACGAAGUCAUGGAACAGCAAACCAUUUCAAUUUCCAAGGCGGGCAUCACCACUACUCUUAAUGCACGCACUUCGAUCCUGGCCGCGGCUAACCCGCUGUAUGGUCGCUAUAACCCACGGGUGUCGCCCGUGGAGAACAUCAACCUUCCUGCCGCUCUGCUCUCGCGUUUUGAUGUUAUGUUCCUGCUUCUGGACACGCCCUCGCGCGAUUCCGACGAGGAAUUGGCCAACCACGUCACCUACGUCCACAUGCACAACAAGCACCCGGAGACGGAAGAUUCUGGUGUCAUGUUCACCCCUCAUGAGGUCCGUCAGUACAUCGCCAAGGCGCGGACAUUCCGGCCUGUCGUACCCUCCAAUGUCUCCGACUACAUGGUAGGUGCGUACGUGUCGAUGCGCAAGAAGCAGAAGCUGGAUGAAGCCAAGCGGAAGCAGUUUGCCCAUGUGACGCCUCGUACUCUGCUGGGUAUUGUGCGUCUGUCCCAGGCGUUGGCCCGCCUCCGUUUUAGCGAGGAAGUGGUGCGCGAGGAUGUCGAUGAGGCGCUGCGUCUCAUUGAAGUCAGCAAGGCUUCUCUUUACAAUGACGGAGAGUCUGGUGCCGACUACACUCCCAGCAGCAAGAUCUACACUUUGAUCCGCAGCCUGAUGGAGAGUGGUGCUGCCGCGGUGGGCGAUGGUGAUGAGGGUGAACUCAGCAUGAGACGGAUUCGGGAGCGGGUGCUGGCCAAGGGCUUCACCGAGGAUCAGCUUACUAUGGCUAUUAACGAGUAUGCCGAAUUAUCGGUCUGGCAAGUGAUCGGUAAUGGCACUCGUCUUGUGUUUAUUGGCGCCGAUGAUGAUGAGAUGGGCAUGUAA